UAUAUCUUAUAUCUCCGUACGGUCUUUGUUUUUCCGUUCGUCGUUAUCGCGGACACAUUUUCACCCGUUCUUAAAUCCUCUUCCAUUUAUGUGUACGUAUUCCACCACUGCGCCACAAAACGCGUGAGAUUUUCACUCGCCGCUUCCCUCUCUAGCCUCUUCGAAACAUCAACACCUCCUCUUCUUCUGAUUCUGAUUCUGAUUCCGAUUCCGUUUCAUUCCAAACAAUGGAGAGAACUCUCCUCAAGAAUUUCGAGCUCGAGCACAAAAAUCCCUCCGUCGAAGCCCUCCGCCGAUGGAGAUCCGCCGUCACUUUCGUCAAGAACCACCGCCGCCGCUUCCGCAUGGUCGCCGAUCUCGACAAGCGCGUCGAAGCCGAGCAGAUUAAGCAGGGAAUCAAGGAAAAAUUUCGAAUUGCUCUCUACGUUCAAAAGGCAGCAUUACAAUUUAUCGAUGCUGGUAAUCGAGUCGAGUACAAACUAUCAAGUGAGGUAAGAGAUGCUGGUUUUGGUAUUCAUCCAGAUGAGAUUGCUUCUAUUGUUCGUGGUCAUGAUAACAAGACCUUAAAUGAUAUUGGUGGAGUUGAAUCCAUUGCAAGGAAAUUGUUAGUUUCGGUAGAUGGAGGUGUCAACGAAGAGAGUAUAAAUAGCAGACAACAGAUUUAUGGAUUCAAUCGUUAUACCGAAAAACCUUCUAGGUCGUUCCUGAUGUUUGUGUGGGAUGCAUUGCAGGACUUAACUCUAAUCAUUCUCAUGGUUUGUGCUGUAGUUUCUAUAGGUAUAGGGAUUGCCACUGAAGGGUGGCCAAAGGGAACUUAUGAUGGUGUGGGAAUCAUACUCAGUAUAUUCUUGGUCGUCAUUGUUACAGCUGUCAGUGAUUACAAGCAGUCCCUGCAGUUCAGGGAUUUGGACAAAGAGAAGAAAAAGAUAUUUGUUCAGGUCAAUAGAGAUGGGAAAAGACAAAAGAUCUCAAUUUAUGAUAUAGUAGUUGGUGAUGUUGUUCAUUUGUCAACUGGGGAUCAAGUUCCCGCUGAUGGGAUUUUUAUAUCAGGAUACUCUUUGCUUAUUGAUGAAUCGAGUUUGUCAGGUGAGAGCGAACCGGUAAAUAUAAAUGAAGAAAAACCUUUUCUUCUCUCAGGAACCAAAGUGCAGGAUGGUCAGGGGAAGAUGUUGGUUACAACUGUUGGCAUGAGGACUGAAUGGGGAAAAUUGAUGGAGACUCUAAACCAGGGAGGAGAGGAUGAAACCCCAUUGCAGGUUAAAUUAAAUGGAGUUGCUACUAUUAUUGGUCAAAUUGGUUUGACAUUUGCCAUUCUGACAUUUGUGGUGUUGACAGUUAGGUUUGUGGUCGAAAAAGCGCUUCAUGGUGAGUUUGCCAGUUGGUCUUCAGAUGAUGCAAAGAAGUUACUGGACUUCUUUGCUAUUGCUGUAACCAUAAUAGUUGUUGCGGUUCCUGAAGGAUUACCACUGGCUGUGACACUCAGUCUUGCUUUUGCAAUGAAAAAACUAAUGAAUGACAAGGCACUUGUAAGACAUCUUUCUGCUUGUGAGACUAUGGGUUCAGCUAGUUGCAUUUGCACAGAUAAGACAGGGACAUUGACCACUAACAAAAUGGUGGUUACUAAAGCAUGGAUAUGCGAAAAAUCCAUGGAGAUAAAAGGUAAUGAGAGUGCAGACGAACUGAAAACAUGUACAUCUGAAGGAGUUCUAAACAUCCUUUUGCAGGCUAUAUUUCAAAAUACUUCUGCUGAAGUAGUCAAGGAUAAAAAUGGAAAGGACACUAUAUUGGGAACCCCAACAGAAUCAGCAUUAUUGGAAUUUGGCUGCCUCUUGGGUGCUGAUUUUGAUGCGUAUGCACAGCGUAGAGAGUAUAAGAUACUCCAAGUUGAGCCAUUCAAUUCAGUCCGCAAGAAAAUGUCUGUGCUUGUGGGUCUUCCUGAUGGAGGAGUCCGAGCUUUCUGCAAAGGUGCAUCAGAAAUAAUAUUAAAAAUGUGUGACAAAAUUAUGGAUUGCAAUGGGGAAGUUGUUGAUCUUCCUGAAGACCGGGCAAAUAAUGUCUCUGCUGUUAUAAAUGCCUUUGCCUCUGAAGCUUUGAGAACUAUUUGCUUGGCCUUUAAAGAGAUAAAUGAAACCCAUGAACCCAACAUUUCAGAUAGUGGCUAUACUUUCAUAGCCUUAGUAGGAAUCAAGGAUCCUGUACGCCCUGGGGUUAAGGAAGCAAUUCAAACUUGUAUAGCUGCUGGAAUAACUAUCCGCAUGGUUACUGGUGAUAACAUAAAUACAGCUAAAGCUAUAGCUAAAGAAUGUGGUUUACUUACAGAGGGUGGUCUAGCCAUAGAAGGUCCAGAUUUUCGUGACUUGUCUCCUGAGCAAAUGAAGGAUGUUAUACCAAGAAUCCAGGUGAUGGCACGAUCCUUACCUCUGGACAAGCACAGAUUAGUAACCAAUUUGAGGAAAUUGUUUGGUGAGGUUGUUGCUGUUACUGGUGAUGGAACUAAUGAUGCUCCUGCACUGUGCGAGGCAGACAUUGGACUUGCAAUGGGCAUAGCAGGAACUGAGGUUGCCAAAGAAAAUGCCGAUGUCAUUAUAAUGGAUGAUAACUUCACGACUAUUGUCAAUGUUGUCAAAUGGGGACGUGCAGUAUACAUAAACAUUCAAAAAUUUGUGCAGUUUCAAUUGACAGUUAAUGUUGUUGCUCUGGUUAUCAACUUCUUUUCUGCGUGCAUCACUGGAUCUGCUCCACUCACCGCUGUUCAGUUGCUUUGGGUCAACUUGAUCAUGGACACUCUUGGUGCAUUAGCCCUGGCUACUGAACCUCCUAACGAUGGACUUUUGAAAAGACCCCCAGUUGCAAGGGGAGCAAACUUUAUCACCAAACCUAUGUGGAGGAAUAUCAUAGGUCAAAGCAUAUAUCAAUUAAUCAUCCUAGGGAUUCUAAAUUUUGACGGGAAGAGGCUACUCGGACUUAGUGGUUCAGAUGCAACGAAAGUUCUCAACACUUUGAUAUUCAACUCCUUUGUAUUUUGCCAGGUGUUUAAUGAGAUAAACAGCAGAGAUAUUGAUAAGAUAAACAUAUUCAGAGGCAUGUUUGACAGCCGGAUAUUUUUGGCGAUAAUUUUCGCCACCGUGGCAUUUCAAGUGGUGAUAGUUGAAUUCCUUGGAACGUUUGCCAGCACUGUGCCUCUAAACUGGCAAUUCUGGUUACUAAGUGUGGUAAUCGGAGCAGUUAGCAUGCCUAUAGCUGCUAUCCUCAAGUGCAUCCCAGUUGAAAGAGAUACUAGUAAGCAGCACCAUGAUGGUUAUGAAGCACUGCCAUCUGGUCCCGAGCUGGCAUAAAAUAUUAUAAGAGUAUGGUUUCGUUUUCCUUUUCUUUUGUUUUUGGGUCAUGAACAUUUUUGUUUACGUAUUUUGUUUUUUAGGACACUAACCUUACGAAAAACAACUAGAUAGAUGAACAUUGACAAGAAUGCCUAACCAAGCUACUUUUUUACAUUAGGGCAUUACCCUGGUUGCUCUGCUCAUUUCUCCUACUAGUGUAGUGUGCUUUUAAUGCUGUCAUUCCUUACGGCAUUGCAAAUUUAUGUAAUUUUGUAAAGACUUGAUACCAUACGGAAUUUCCAGGCAUGACAAAACAUAUAUGGGUGUUGGAAAAGAAAUGAUUGAAGGCAAUACCAACAACAGUCCUCUCCUCUCUGCGCACUGAACGCAACUAGUGUAUGUUUAUCUGUUUAUGUCAGAACCAGCUGUUUUUGAGGAGCAUUUUUAUUUGAGAACAGUUCCAAACUUCUGCAAUUCGUAGUUCACAUAAAUUCAUUUAAGAGUCUAGUUGUGCAAAACUAAAAAAAAAAAAAAAAAAACUUUCCUGCGCCCUUGCUUUACCAGCAUGACGAGGGGGAUAUUCAUCCUAUCUUUUACCAAGCAAGCCGAUUGGGAACCCCACAUAUUUUGCACCCCUGCAUUUGAGCAGAGUUUGGUCCGUUUGGCUUGUAAUACAAAGAUCUCAGCACGUGCUACAUAGAUAAUGGCGUUCAUAUUUGUUGAACAGAAACUAGGUAGUCCUCGAACUUUAUAGUUCACUGGUACAUUUUUGUACUUUACAAUAUACUUUUUUUUACAUGUUUAAUAUUAAAUAAAUGUUAUUGGUAGAUAGGUAGUGUCUACCUUGGAAUUGUGUUUA